AUGUCAGUCUCGUGUAUCUUGCCACUCCUCCUCCUCCUCCUCCUCCCUCGCACGUCGGCUCUGCAGCAGCAUACCUCUGUCCAAGAAGCACCUAGUGGCAGUCUCGUGCAGCAGCCACUGACAGCAGACUUCGUUGUUCGCAGUGCCAUCGCUGGAGGCUUUGCCGGCAUGACGCUAGAGCUAGCCUUAUAUCCUCUUGACACCAUCAAGACCAGGAUACAGACAAGGCAGGCCUCGAGCAGGAAAGAACUUUUCAAGGACCUCUUCAAAGGGAGUCUGGGGGCUUGUGCGGGCAUCAUUCCGUCCUCGAUCUUGUUCUUCAUGGCCUAUGUAUGCUACCCCCCGGAUUGA